AUGUAUUAUUUAAAAAGAAAUCAACCUGUACCUGUCUAUUUAGACAAAGUUACAGGAGAUUUAGACCGUGAAGAUAGAGCUAUCAGAAGUAGAAGAAAGUCAAGCAAACUUCAAAGUCCCUUGACCAUUGUUAAAAGAAACAGAAAAAGUAAUCCUCCUGAUAACAUUCCUGCCAUUCAAGUUUCUUCAACUGGCGAUGCGGAUUUUACUGCCAAGUUAAUUCGAGAUGAAAUAAACAAAAUUGAUUCUUUGAAAUAUCACCAACUAAAAGAGACGACUGAUGAAAAUGAACUGGAACAUGAUGCUUCACAAAGUGAAAAUUUGAUGACUGUAGAAGAGGGAAACUUGGGGAAAACCAGCGUUUCAGAAACAAGUGAUAUUAACAUUGAUGAUAGAAUAACUGCAAUACAAUCCAACAAUCACACGGGGUAA